CGUCAAAUCUAGUUCUACAACACUACUCUUUCCUUUUUUUUGGAUAUGAUACAAAUAUGUCGGCCGUGGCACCAUCAGAUAUACCAUUUCGGAAGAGAUGUUUCGUGACUAUUGGUGCUACUGCACCCUUCAACAGCCUCAUCAAGGCCGUACUCGCCGAUGACUUUAUAAGCCAACUACAACAGCUGGGAUACAACGAGCUGCGGGUACAGUACGGCGACCAUGAAGGUGAAGCCAUCUACACGCAACGAAUCAAAGAUCUUCAACCAAGGCUCAGCAACGAUAAAUUUGCCAUCACCGGGUUUGGGUUUGAUAAAUCAGGACUUGGUCAAGAGAUACUGGCCAUCAAAGGACGCUCGCCAGAGACGGAAGGGACUGUCAUCAGCCAUGCCGGCUCAGGCUCGGUUUUGGAUGUUUUGAGAGUGGGCAUCCCGCUCGUGGUUGUGCCCAACACCGAUCUACUACAUAACCACCAAGUCGAACUCGCCGAAGCUCUUGCUAAGCAGGAGUAUGUUAUCUAUGGGAAGAUAGAUGAUCUCGAAUCAUCUCUUUCAAGCAUCGAAAGCCUACGGAUCAAGAUGCGAAAGUGGCCGCCACUCCGCUCCGGGGAGCAAAAGUACGGAAAAGGCAUCGUGGAUGUCAUGUCCGAGGAGAUGGGAUGGCAGUUGGAUUGAACGUCCAAGAAAUACGAAACACAACUGAGUCUUAGAAUCUCAUCCCUCUGAUCAGCCUUCCCAAACCGAAACCAACUUUCACUCUAUGGCAAGUUGGUGACGCGGAUCAAAAACCGAAAAUCUUCCAGUGAACCAACUCGACCGUCGCAUACUAGUCAGGUUAAGUGAGACUCGACAUGCAGGCCCUACAACUACUGAAGCCGCGGAUCGAAGGGUCAGGAACAAGGGAACCACCCAUCGGGAUCGUCUCCCACGAGGUACGCCCAUGGCUGCAUUCGAGGUACUACGGAGGUUACACGCGUACCAGCCUCCAACAUUCCUGGCACCUCCAACAUGGACAUCCCCCCUGCGAGCGAGUAAUGUGGUCGAGGGCAGGCUUCCAGAUACAAACACCUGCGGCCGCAUCGAUUUGGUCCAGGGUCUUCGAGUGCAGCCAAUUCAAUCUUCCGCAGGGUUUGGAUGUGAAAAGAACACGUGAUGGAUGGACCACAAGACGAAGUGAACAGCAGCAUGAGGUGUUGUAUGUCAAGGCUACUCAACACAAUAUCUCUCAUGCUUCAGAUAUCAAGAGUGGACAAUACGGAGUACAUGCUUGAGAGAUUGCGGGAAAAGCCCACAUUUCCUUUAGUGAGGCUGUAAAAGAUCAAUUAGCAAAAGACAAACCCUCACUUUGGAGGAAAUUGCUUUGUUUUUCUCCCUUUUUUCAGUUUUUAAGAGAGGAAAUGAGGCGACGUGUAUUUUGAACUGUCAAGGCUGGCCUAUCAUAAAUAUGGUAUCUAUCUAUCUUCAGCCUAUUGCGAGAACGUCAUAAUGUCAUAUACAUAUUUAUAUAUAUGUCCAUGGCUCGCCUGGAACAAGAAAAAGUAGAAGGAUUAGAAAAAUUGGUUCUUGCAUUGGUAGCUCACCACCGAC